AUGGAUCUGAUCUUGGAGCUCGAAGACAAGUAUUUCUUUGACUGGAUGUACAGCAAAGUCUCACCCAACUAUCUUGCGCAGAAUGCAUCUGAUCCUGUACGCCAGUUCAUCAGCAUUUACCUCACCCUUACGGUGCACGGAUGGCUGUUGUACUUCAGUGGUGCGGGUUUGAGCUGGCUGCUCUUCUUCGACAAGAAAUACCUGGAGCAUCCGAAAAAGCUCCACAAUCAAGUUGCAAGGGAGAUUUCAACCACAUUCUUCAGCAUCCCGGUCAUGAGUGUCUUUACCUCUCCCAUCUUCUGGCUGGAGGUAACGGCGGACAAGCGUGCGAGAUCCUUGGCAGACCUUGUGUGA